GUGUAUGUCCCCCGAUCAGUGGCCGAACGACAAUAAACCCGUGAAGCCCUCGCACAUUAUCACGAGGACAUAAUUCCUCCUCCGGCCCAUUGACUUCACGUAUUCGUUGAAAAAAAAAUAUUUCACAAAAAAGAAAAUAAAUAUCACUCACCAAUCGAGUGGUUGGAGUUGUGUGUGGAUUCCUGGUGCCAUAUGUACAGCAGAAAUAAUCAUCGAUAUGUGGAUAAAACCACAGGAGGUCCUCCUCGCAAAUGCAUUCUGGAUUCGGGGAGCAGUCGUGUAAUUACAAAACCCCAGGAUCUUCCACUCACAAAGAAAGCAAACCAAUUUUUUUUAUAUCUGACCCUCACCAUCCUCAUGGCCCUUGUGGUACCCUUAAGGGUAACGGAGGCAGCCACCGUCUACUUUGUUCUCCAGCGGCGGAAGGGCCAUGGUAAAACGAAGGGCCUGUCCUCGAUUCUCGUUGGGACCCUUGACAGUGUCUUCGACACUAAACCUCCGCCGUUCCGGAUUCUCCAUCAGACCCCGUCGUCAGAGGUGUAUUGGGUCGUAGCAUGCUCUCUCACCCACGAGGAGAUCCUCCAGGACUGGGAGUGGCUCCAAUCCAACUUGAUGGACACCCUGAAGUCCUUCGACACCGAGGACGAGAUAACCGAAUUCGUAUGUUGUAAAAUUCAAUCAAUAAUCGCAAACAACGUACCCGACUGUCAAUUCGCGGAGGAAGAGGAUCCGGAGUCUUUCAAAACCGCAUCCUUCACAUUUCACCAACAAUUCGGUCUCCCCACGGACGAUAAACUCGUCAAUUACUACUCGUGCAGUUACUGGAAGGGACGUUUACCUCGCCAGGGUUGGUUGUACUUGUCCGUUAAUCACAUGUGUUUUUACGCCUACAUCCUGACGAAGGAGACGAAGCUGAUUAUACGAUGGGCGGAUAUCAUUGAACUCGGAAAGACAAAUUCCCUUCUCUUCCCGGACAGCAUUCGGGUGGUAACACGGGAUAAUAAGGAGCAUCACUUCAGCAUGUUCCUCAAAAAGUCCGAGACUUACUCAUUGAUGGAGCAGCUGACGAACAUCGCCAUGAAGCGACUCAUCGACGAGAAGAGUGGCUUCAACGAGGAUCGCGAUCUUCUCCACAAACUUUCAAAAAAUGUCUCGAAGAAGAAGCCAUUUCUCAAACGUGAUUUAGAUGCUCGUGCACACUCGGAGGCUUAUCGCCUACAAUUUCGACUUCCGGGAGUUGAAAAACUCGACGGCUGCAUAGACGCCACACUGUGGACACCCUACGACAAGCACCACGUCUGGGGUAAAAUCUUUCUCUCCCAGAAUUAUCUGUGCUUUGAGUCACGUGUCCGCCAAUUGGUCAGCCUGGUGAUACCCCUGCGAGAGGUCCAGCUGGUCGAGGCGGCCGAUCAGUCCCCAAUGUCAUCGCACACAACGGACAAGUCCAUCCUGGUGACAACUCCACGAUCCUCCUUUCUCUUUGCCCAGAUUCAAGAUCGUGACUUCGUCGUUCAAAAGAUCUCUGAACUCCUCGCUAAAACAAGAUUAAACUUGCCAACUGCCUGUGCACCACCUCCAGCGACAAAAUCCUGGUCCCCCCAGCCCCCCCUGAUGACCCUCUUCAAGGCUCCAUUGAGUUCAGAAGCUUCCAUAAAGCAGGAAGCUAAGGAAAAACAGUGGGAGAUUCACUUCAGUGAAUUUGGACGAGGUAUAACCAUCUACAGAACAACAGACACCGCUAAAUUGGUGAUUCAGGGAGUACCCCAGACCCUCAGGGGUGAGGUCUGGCUGACCUUCUCCGGGGCAAUUAAUGAAAUGGCGAUGAAUCCGGGUCUCUACAAGUCCUUAGUGGAUCAGUCCAUCGGAAAAUCUUGUCAAGCGAACGAGGAAAUUGAGAGGGAUCUUCACAGAUCGUUACCCGAACACCCGGCCUUCCAAUCGGACACAGGAAUCAGUGCCCUUCGAAGGGUACUCUCGGCUUAUGCCUGCAGAAAUCCCCAAAUCGGUUACUGCCAAGCAAUGAACAUUGUCACCUCAGUCCUCCUGAUCUACUGCUCCGAGGAAUCAGCUUUCUGGCAGCUCUGCAACGUCUGCGAGUCCCUCUUGCCCGAUUACUACGAUAGAAGGGUCGUCGGGGCACUCGUCGAUCAGGGCCUCCUGGAGGAACUUGCAGCGGAGCAUUUACCAACACUCCACGCCAAACUCCAAGAACUUGGUUUAAUUAGAGUCAUAUCGUUGUCCUGGUUCCUCACCAUCUUCCUCAGUGUUAUGCCCACUGGCAGCGCCGUCAACAUCAUGGACUGUUUCUUCUACGACGGUGCCAAGGUCAUCUUCCAAAUAGCCCUGACAGUGCUCGAGUGGAAUCAGGAGAAGCUGCUCAAUUGUCGGGAUGACGGAGAAGCCAUGCAAAUCCUUACGGAUUAUCUCGGUGGGGUAUUCAAUGAUGAAGGACCUGUUCUACCGAGGCCCGUCGACUCGGCCAUUCCCCCAAGAAGCAUCUCCGUUCAGACCCUCAUCUACGAGGCUUACUCCAGAUACGGCUCCUUGACGAUCGGUCGGAUCGAACGACUGAGGCUGAAGCAUCGUCUCCGAGUUGUCCAGCAUUUGGAAGAGGGAAUCGAGAAGAAUGUCAUCAGAAGUGUUAUCGUCGACAAAUACAUGACCGCGGAUGAGCUGCAGGAGUUGCUGAGUCUUGUUCGUGAGGAGCUAAUGAGCCAGCGAAAGUCAGAGCCUGAUCGGUAUGACCCAACUCAGCCCCCCUACGAGGCUUAUCGAGUGGACUUCGAGCUCUUUCGUAUUCUAUUUGGUGGUCUAUCGUCCUGGGGUAAGUGCUCCCAGGCUGAGUCCCUCGCAGCAAGACUCUUCAGAUUGAUGGACCGAAAUCGUGAUGGGUAUCUGAAUUUUCGGGAGCUGGUGCAAGCGAUUGGAAUCACAGCGACAGCAGACGCUGCCCAACGACUGAAGCUUCUGUACACUCUUCAUCUUCCCCCAUUGCUUUCACCAGUGGACAUCGACUCCCCGACGCACUCCGACGGGGCCGAAGUAGCUGCAGAAGCUACCGAUUUCUUCGAUACAAUGGAGCAGAGCUUUGGUGAAUUGGAGAUGGCCGUCAGUGCUGCUGAGGAAGCCGAGGUAAAGCUCAGCAGAUCGGCGAGUGUUAAUUCACAGAAGGAGGAGAGCUGGGAGAUUCAGAGUAUGGGCAGUCUCAGGUCCAUGAUGGAUUCCAAGGACAGUCCACUGGAGAUGAAGAAUGUGCCGAAGAUGAAUCAGAGGCAUUUUAUAGCGCUGUGGAAAACACUUUAUGACAUGUUUCCAACUCAGCCGGAGGAGCAGGAGAUUUAUCAUUCUAUCGCAUCGAUAGGGACAUUAUUACUGCAACUUGGAGACGUGGGAAAAAAAUUCUACUGCGAGAGGGAGGAGUCAGAGGACAGCCUCCUCAUAGCAGCCUCAAAAGCUCAGUCAGCAGCGCAAAUUCAGAGAUCACCGGAUCGCAAUGGAAAUCCCUCGACAUCGUCUCCAUCAGCCGAUUCUGACUGGGCAAUUUCAGUCGAACAAUUUCUAGCGUCAGCCCUAAAUGGGGCACCGAUCACCGAUUUUUUUAGCAAAAGGGCCAAUCUCCUUGAGGCCAUUGCAACACUGAGAAAUCGAAGAUUCAAUCGUGUCCAUUCGUUAGCAGAUACACCAGUACUUAAAGUAUGACACAGGCCCAUUAUCGAUGUUUAAUUACAUCAUUUAUCGAGGGUAAACAAACUUCGAAUAAUCAAUAAUAAAUAAUAACAAUUUCAUAAUAAUAUGAGAGUAACAAUAAUCAUGGGAAUGCCAAUCGUUGAAUGUUCAUUUAUGUUUAAAUAAUUAAUUAACAAUUGAAUAAUCAGUGAUGAUCUAAUUAAUUACUUAGAAUUUCAAUGAAUCACAGUAUCAAUUGAUUAAUUGAUAAUUAAUUGGGGAUUAACUAGUAAAUUAAUCCUGACAUUAGAUUUUGUAAUGAAAAAUAUGACGAAGUAUUACGAUGAAUUUUCCGUCUGUGAAAUAAUUCACGAUUGGUAAUUAAUAAUUUUUUACUGGUGCAAAUUAUAAAAUACUCAGGGUAUCACAAAUUAUUUUUUUUUCACUAUUUGAAAAAGAAAUUUUUUCGCCAAAAUUUUGCAUAAUCUUUAGGAUUUAUCUUCACAACAUUCGAUAGUCUAUAUUUUAUAGCUUUAUAUGAACGUCAAUAAUUAUGUGAUGCCAAUUAACAGGCAUAAUUGAUAACAGAGAAUUUAUUUUUCAAGGAAUAUGAUAUAUAUAUCACUGGACAUUUCUAGCUGACGGAGAUGAGCUCUGCCUCAUUCGAUGGAUGAGACAAUCUGAAGUGAAAUUACAUGAUAAGAAUUCCCCGUUUUGCCCCGGUGGGUUAGAAAGAAAUUCAUGUUCUCAAAAUAAAAAAAAAUUGAAGAUCUUUAUGAAAACUGGGGCAAAAUAGGGGCUCUCUUGUAUUCAUCUGUGGUGGAGGGGAAUCCCCACAUAUGCAAUGGGGUCAUUUUUGACCCGCGUUCUAAUCUUAUUAUUCUCAUUAUGAAUUAUUAUUAAUUUGCCUGAAAUUUUUUUUUUGUUAUUAUUUUUGAAUUUUUUAAAAUUUGAGAGAUGUAAAUAAUUGUUCCUUCAUAAGUCACAAAUAAUGUAUGUCUUAACGUCAUAAUUGUCAUUAUGAAUGACAUGAGCCUACUAAUUAACUGGGAUAAUUAUCUUCGGUUAAUUACUGUGAGAAUUAAUUUUGUUGUGGAGUGAUGGAGUGGAAAAGAGUGAGUUUUGUUAUUUAGCAAUUAAAUCGCUGAAUUAAUCAUAAUUCAAUUAUGAUGAAUUUGUUUAAAGAAAAAAAAUGAAUCUUUUCAAAGUAAAGUAAUUAAUAGAAAGUACAGAUUUUAUUGUUUAAUUAAUUUUUCGCUUUUUAUCACUCCACUCCAGAAUUAUUUUAUAGAUAUAGCUUUUAUUUUUAUAUCGGAAUGAAAAAAUCAAAAAUAUUGUUAUGAUUGUUACCGAAACUAGUUUCAACGCCUAAAGAAAAUAUUCUUGAUUCUCCUGUCGAGUAAUUUUUGUUUGAUGUAUUAUAUGUGUAUAUAAAUGUUCAAAUUAACGCAGAAUUAUUAUUCCGCCACUAUUCUUAUUUUAUUUUUAAUCAAGAGAUAAUCAAUAAACAUUUUCAAAGAUUAAA